AUGCCACCAGCACGCUACGCAGUGAAGACCCGGUCCAGUUGCCGGAGUGCGCGCAUGUCUUCUCCCCCAAACCCGAUCUUUUCGCUGGGAAUGUCCCGGGGUCCCUCGGCGCGUCCUGCGGCCGGGGCUGGGGGCGCGGCGAUCGACGGCAAUCCACCAGAAGGCGCGCCGUUCAUCAGCGCACCGAUGCUGGGCACGGUAGUGCCGGUGCUGGCUUCCAGUGGCUUGGGUGCCAUCGUACUUGGCGGAGGAAUUUGUACGCUAGUGGACGGUGGCUGGCUGAUAAGCUGGGGACUGCGCGCAAUCGAUGGGAUGCCGUUGCUGUGCGGCAUAUGA